CCUCACCGUAACACGCACUCGUCACCACCAAAAAACGCUCAGCUUCAAUUUCCUUCAAAAGACCUAGGGUUUCAGAACGCAGCCGGAAAAUGAGCUCCAACGCGUCAACGAAAGGCGGCAGAGGCAAGCCCAAAUCUUCUAAAUCCGUUUCCCGAUCGUCCAAGGCCGGUUUGCAGUUUCCGGUCGGGAGAAUCGCACGUUUUCUGAAGACCGGAAAGUACGCCGAGCGCGUCGGCGCCGGCGCUCCGGUUUACCUCUCCGCUGUUCUCGAAUACUUGGCCGCUGAGGUAUUGGAGCUUGCUGGGAAUGCAGCAAGAGACAACAAGAAAAACAGGAUUGUGCCAAGGCAUAUACAGUUAGCAGUUAGGAAUGAUGAGGAGUUGAGCAAGCUGCUGGGCAGCGUGACCAUUGCUAAUGGUGGUGUGUUGCCAAACAUUCACCAAACUUUGUUGCCCAAGAAAGCUGGUGGGAAGGGGGACAAGGAGAUUGGGUCGGCAUCACAAGAGUUUUAGGCUUUAGAUUUGAUGGGUGUGUAAUAUUUAUUGAAUGUGUUCGUUUGGUGUUGUUUUAAAAACAAGAAGUUUUCAAACUAAAUUUGUUUUGGCUUAUGAAGCUUGACAUUGGCUAGUUUGCUAAUUUAAAUGAGUUGAGUUGCAAUAGUUAAACAGAUUUUAAAUGAAUUGAAUCAAGGAUGUUUGUGAGUCUCUGUUUUUUUUCAAAAAAUAAAUAAAUAAAUUUGAAGUAAUAUAUCGAUCUUUAACAUGUUCAUGAAUGAACAAAUUGUGU